CUUUCUUUUCUACGGAAAACUCUUUUAUCUUCAAAAUUUUCUAGGGUUUUAUUUCUUCCUUUUAUAAGACAUCCAUUUCGUUCCCACAAAAUUUCUAAAUUUUGUGUUCCAUUGGUGAACCUAUUGGCCAUUGAUUUGCCGAUUGUUGGGAAUUCGAAGAAACUCAGGUUAAAUGUUGUAAUUCCAUUUUUGUGGUUUUGCUCCUGUUGAGCUCAAUUUCUUGAAUUUAGAAGCCCAAUUUGGGAUUCAGAAGUUGGAAUCUUUUUCUUUGAUUUUUAUUUUUUAUAGCUUAAUCGAUAUAUUUAAUUUUGGUUUUUUUUUUUUUUUUUUGUUAAAAUAUUUAAUUUUGGUUGUUUUCCCUUUAAUCUGUCGAAAAAUCUCUAGUUUGAAUCCGCAAAGAGAAACCCAUUCGUAAUAUUCUUGUCUUUCUUAAUCUUCAUCUUCGUCAAAACACUUAAUUUAUUGAUAAAUUGAAUACCCAGAACUUCAUUUUGAAGAUUUUUGGUGUAAAUUAUAUCUACUUGAUAUUAGAAAUCCUAAGAGUUUUGGUUGCCCCUGAAACAAUGGAGAUAAGUAAUGAGGCGAGUGUGGAUCCAUUCUCAAUUGGACCUUCCACAAUUAUUGGUCGGACAAUUGCUUUCAGAAUCUUAUUCUGCAAGUCGUUGUCACAUUUGAGGAAUCAAAUGUUUCGUUUUCUUUCAUUUUACUUUCAUAGAGUUAACAAGUGUUUGACAAGCUAUUUGUCACCCUUUAUCUCAUGGUUUCACCCUCGGAACCCACAAGGGAUAUUGGUAAUGGUAACAAUGAUAGCUUUCUUGUUGAAAAGAUACACAAAUGUAAAAUUGAAGGCUGAAUUGGCUUAUCGGAGGAAAUUCUGGAGAAAUUUGAUGACAGCUGCUUUAACCUAUGAGGAAUGGGCUCAUGCUGCUAAGAUGAUGGAUAAAGAGACCCCCAAGAUGAAUGAGUCUGACCUUUAUGAUGAAGAAUUAGUGAGGAAUAAGCUCCAAGAGCUUCGACACCGUCGCCAAGAGGGUUCUCUCAGAGACAUUAUAUUUUUCAUGAGGGCUGAUCUUGUUAGAAAUCUUGGUAAUAUGUGCAACCCCGAGCUCCAUAAGGGGAGGCUUCAAGUGCCUAAACUCAUAAAGGAGUAUAUCGAUGAGGUCUCCACUCAGUUGAGAAUGGUUUGUGACUCUGAUUCCGAGGAGCUUCAAUUGGAGGAGAAGCUUGCUUUUAUGCAUGAAACAAGACAUGCUUUUGGUAGAACCGCAUUGUUGUUAAGUGGGGGUGCUUCCCUUGGCGCUUUUCAUGUUGGAGUUGUGAAAACAUUGGUGGAGCAUAAGCUUAUGCCACGCAUAAUUGCCGGGUCCAGUGUGGGUUCCAUUAUGUGCUCUGUUGUUGCCACCAGGUCUUGGCCCGAGCUGCAAAGUUUUUUUGAGGAUUCUUGGCACUCUUUGCAGUUUUUCGACCAGAUUGGUGGGAUUUUUACAGUUUUUAAGAGAGUUAUGACACAAGGGGCAGUUCAUGAGAUCAGACAAUUGCAGAUGAUGUUAAGGCAUCUCACAAGUAAUCUUACAUUCCAAGAAGCUUAUGACAUGACUGGUCGAAUUCUUGGGAUUACAGUCUGCUCCCCAAGGAAGCAUGAACCUCCCAGGUGCCUUAACUACUUGACUUCACCUCAUGUUGUCAUAUGGAGUGCAGUAACUGCUUCUUGUGCCUUUCCUGGCCUUUUUGAAGCUCAGGAACUCAUGGCAAAGGAUAGAAGUGGAGAAAUUGUUCCUUAUCACCCCCCAUUUCAUUUGGAUCCUGAAGAGGCUACUGGCACAUCUGCACGCCGUUGGAGGGAUGGUAGCUUGGAGAUCGAUUUACCCACGAUGCAGUUAAAGGAGUUGUUCAAUGUUAAUCAUUUUAUUGUGAGUCAGGCAAAUCCUCAUAUUGCACCUUUCCUGAGGCUGAAGGAGUUUGUGAGAGCUUAUGGAGGCAACUUUGCUGCAAAGCUUGCUCAUCUAGCGGAGAUGGAGGUGAAACACAGAUGCCACCAGGUGUUGGAACUUGGUGGUUUUCCAUUAAACGGACUUGCCAAGUUGUUUGCUCAAGAUUGGGAGGGUGAUGUCACUGUUGUCAUGCCUGCAACCCUAGCUCAGUACUCAAAAAUUAUACAGAAUCCAUCUUAUUUGGAGCUUCAAAAGGCAGCAAACCAAGGCAGGAGGUGCACUUGGGAGAAGCUUUCAGCCAUAAAAGCCAACUGUGGGAUUGAGCUUGCUCUUGACGAGUGUGUUGCAAUUCUCAACCAUAUGCGUAGACUCAAAAGGAGUGCGGACAGAGCAGCUGCAGCUUCCCAUGGCCUUGCUAGCACAGGCCGAUUUAAUGCCUCUAAAAGAAUUCCAUCUUGGAACUGCAUUGCUCGCGAGAACUCAUCAGGCUCCCUUGAAGAUCUCGUUGCAGAUGUUAGUUCCCCCCUCCCUCAAGGAGUUGGAAGGUCCACAGAAGGACCCUCUGGCCGGAAUUUGCGGGCCACCCCGCAUAACAUACACGAUGGAAGUGAUAGUGAAUCUGAGAAUCUUGAUCACAAUUCUUGGACAAGAUCUGGUGGUCCUUUGAUGAGGACUAGAUCAGCAGAUAAGUUUGUUGACUUUGUCCAGAACUUGGAUGCGGAUGCCAAACUGAAUAAAGGAAUGAUUGUUCACACCAACAAUGUUGUGUUUCAGAUGUUGGGAAAGGAUUCAUAUUAUCAAAGCCCAAGAUUGACAACAUCAGAUAGAAGCUCAGACACGGAGUUCGAUCAGAGGGAUUUCAAUAGCAGAUUUCCCCUGAAUAGUUCUACCAUUAUGGUGGCUGAAGGUGAUCUUUUGCAGCCUGAAAGGAUUCAAAAUGGGAUUUUGUUCAAUGUUGUGAGGAAGGAAGAUUUAACUCCAUCUAAUAGGAGUCAUGAUUCAGAAAACAGCAGCACCUUGCAGAAUUCUGCUGCUGAAUGUAUGCAACUUGAAUCCCCAGAUCGGGAAAUGGAUGAGAGUUCAGUAUCUGAGUAUGGCGAGAAUGACGUCACUGGAGAAAACUGCCCGAUCGAAUUAGAUCCUGGUUGCAACCCCAAGGAUCAUUCUGGUGUAGACGAUGGCAAUGAUAAGAGUGUUGUGGAUGGUAUUUGAGGAUCAUUUUUAUUUUUUUAUUUGUUUAGUGAUCCUAUGGGGAACUCACUGGGAUUCAAUGCUGGAGUCGAACUGAAAGUUCUACUAAAAAGCAGAAAAGGGUAGGGAAGUAGUCGAGCAUCACCACGCUAGAAUCGCACUUGUAAAUAAGCAGUUCCACUUCCAUACCUCCUUGGAAUGCACUGUUAUUGUCAUUCUUAGUUCAUAAUCAAAUGUUCUAUGUUUGGCGUCACCUAAUCGGUGACUAGGAUUGGGAUUGGAAAAAAUUUAGUAUAAAAUUUGAACUAAAGUUCCUCCAAUCGCAAAUUCAAGACACCGAUUAAAUGCUCCCAAAUACAACGUAAGAGUAAAGGUUCUAGCCACAGUGGUUGGUACUUGAAAUAGUGUUUUAUUUUAUUUUUUUAAUUUUUUUUAUUAGGUGGUAUUAAGAGUACAUCUCUAUGUCAACCAUCUGAAUUUCUGUAAAAAUUAUAAAUAAAUCGAAUAUUUCAAAUUUUUAUUUUUCAAAAAAUGGGUCAUCGUGGUGUGACAAAUCACGGGAAUUCUUCUU